UUUGUUGAAACUUGAAAGUAGAUUACCUACCUACCUACGAUCGCAAUUAUUAUUAUAGUUUUAAUUUCCAAAUACAUAAUACAAACGCAAAAAAACACUUCAAAUUGAAGUGAGAUGUUAUUGAAGAAUUUCUCAAGAACUUUAAUCGAAUGUGUAUGGAAAUGAAUUUACAGACAUUAUUUCAAGAUUUUAAUCCGAGCAAAUUUGUUGUUCAUACCUGUUUACUGAUUUUUACUGCGUUAUUGGCUUUAAAAUUAGACAAUACAAUAACAUGGUCCUACUGGGCUGUAUUUACACCAAUAUGGAUUUGGAAAUUUCUUGUAGUUCUUGGUGCUACGGUGGGUACAUAUGUUUGGUGGCAAUAUCCUCAUUUCAGGUUAGAAGGUGAAGCCUACAUUCACUAUAAGGCAAUGCUUAUAAGCCUGGCCAUACAUUUAAUAUUGCUAAUGUUUGAAUUACUUGUAUGUGACCAGCUGACGACAUAUCGCCAUGUCUGGAUUCUUGUUUUCAUACCGUUAAUCUUUAUAAGCAUAGUCUCAAUUGCUAUAUGUAUAUGGUGCGUUAAACAUGAUCGCAGUUAUGAGUUGGAACUUUUUUGUGCUGUUAAUAUUUUGCAAUUUAUAUUCUUGGCAUUGAAAUUAGAUGACUUCAUCAACUGGUCAUGGGAAGUUGUUUUUGUCCCACUCUGGAUACUGAUGUGCCUCAGUUUAGUAGGUGUAUUAUACAGCAUAGUGUUUGCAGGGAUUUUGCUCAGGGCACCAGAAGUGAAUAUACAACAGCGUCGAACGAGUUUCAACUCAGCACUGGCAUAUACUUUCACUGUGGUGCCGAUUUUGGUCUUUCAAGUAUUAUUAACAAACAAGUUGGAUGAUGGUUUAUCCCUGUCAUACAUUGUGGUCGUCAGUCCGCUGUUCGUUACAUUUGCAACUCUGAUAAUUAUGUCAUUCAGUUCAAAAGGCGGAAAUAAAUGGUGGUUCGGUAUACGCAAAGACUUCUGUCAAUUCCUCCUAUCGGUAUUCCCGUUACUACAAGAAUAUGCAAACAUAGCGUACAAUAACAACGUGAACCGUGGUUCAAACGGUAUUCCAACCGAACCCCCCAUUAACCAGGAACCAUACAGGGACGACGCUAAAAAAGUUCGAGAAAGUAAAAAAUCCCAUAAAAAUCAAAAGAAAAACGAAGCCAUGAAACCAGUUGUACCAGUGACCAGUAUAGAUAUGCCCGAUUGACGUUUCCCCCCAUUUCGUCUAUUGUUGUCAAACGUGUGUUCAAUCUCUUGUAAUUUGUAAAUAAUAUGCUUAUAAUGAAGCAAUACGAUUGUUAAGUUUGUAGCGCGUUUACAUAGAUUAGGUAGGUGGUUUGAAAUUACAUUGGUGUAAGAGUUUUAGGGCUUUACUACACUGGAGUUUCACAAAUAUGUACGAAUUAAAAACACUUUGGCCGUUCUUGCCAUGUCCUACGGUCUCUAAAACAUAGUUAACUUUAAACCCAAGAUUCAUUUUUU